GAGCAAAUCCUAAACAGAUACUUCGCAUUCACUUCUGCAGACCCUUUCGCGGAACUUUCAUCGUCGCAAUUCGACAUGGCGUGCGAUGCUGUCGGAAGGUAAUAAAUCGCGGAUUCCGGAGAUCGUCCGAGCGUCCCUCCCGCCCGGAGCUCUCGAAUUCGGCUCGCGGCCAUGCUGCGAAGGCUCGUCUCGUCGCGCUUCCCGGCAUUUCGCAAACCCCCCAGCCACCUCUCCAUUCGCCUGCCGCGGGACGCGCCUCGGCGGGCGCACGCGAAUGCAGAAGCGGCGGCGAACAACGCCGACGCGGUCGUGGUCGCGCUGUCGAAUUCGCUCCGGCGGGGCUGGAGCUGGGACGCUCUGAACCGGAAGUUCGAGCAUCUCGCGCUGGACGAUGCCCUCGUCGAGCGGGUGCUGCUGGAACUGAAGGAGCCGGCCGACGCGAGGUGCGCCCUGGGGUUCUUCCACUGGUCGGCCAAGGAGCGGAGAUUCGAGCACGGGAUCCGGUCGUAUUGCGUCGCGAUCAACAUCUUGGUCCGGGGCCAGCUGGUCAGGGACGCGAAGGCGCUGAUCGAAUCGGUUCUCAAGAGAAGGGCCGGGGAGUCUUCGAAGCUCUCCGUCGCGGAUUCGCUGCUCGAUUGCUAUAAGAUCGCUUUUGGGAACCCUCUGGUGUUCGAUUUGCUCGUGCAGGGUUACGCCAAGCUGAGGAUGUUCGAGGUCGGGUUCGACGUUUGCUGCUACUUGGAGGAACGCGGGUUCUCCUUGAGCCUCGCGACUUUCAAUACUUUGAUCAAUGUGAUCCAGAAAUCUGAUCGGAAUCCUCUCGUUUGGAGGAUCUAUGAGCAUAUGAUGAAGAGGAGAACUUAUCCGAGCGAGGCGACCACCAGAAUCAUGAUCGAUUCGUUGUGUAAGGAAGGGAAACUGCAGAUGUUCGUGGACAUGUUGGACAGGAUCCAUGGGAAGAGAUGCGCUCCUUCGGUUAUUGUUAAUGCCAGCUUACUCCAUAGGAUUCUCGAGGAAGGUAGAAUUGACGAUGCGAUGGUGUUGCUGAAGAGGAUGUUGCAGAAGAACAUGGUUUUCGAUACUAUUGCCUAUUCAAUGAUUAUUUACUCCAAGGUUAUGGUUGGGGAUUUAGAUUCUGCAUGGAAGGUUCAUGAAGAAAUGCUCAAGAGAGGUUUCAAUGAAAACUCGUUUGUGCAUACUAAAUUUAUAGGAGCAUACUGCAGGACUGGAAGGGUUGAAGAAGCAAAGAACCUGAUGGAAGAUAUGGGAAACAAAGGUCUCAAACCAUUUGCUGAGACUUACGAUCUUCUCAUUGAGGGGUUGGCCAAGUCCGGGAGAGUUGAUGAGAGCUUGAGCUGCUGUAAGAAAAUGCUGGAUACGGGACUAUCUCCUAAGUGUUUUGCUUUCAAUGAGAUGGUGGCAAAGCUGUGUGAAAUGGGUAAUGUGAAGCAGGCUGAUGAGAUGCUCACCCUUCUGUUGGAUAAUGGGUUCUCACCAGAUGAAGCCACGUACUCCCUAUUAAUUUCUGGCUAUGCGAGAGAAGGCCAUGGUGAUGAAGUUCUCAAGCUCUAUUAUGAGAUGAAGCACAGAGGAUUGCCCUGUGGAUCAAUGUUUUUCACAUCUUUGGUUAGUAGCCUCUGCCGAUGUGGAAAAUUAAGUGAGGCUGAGAAGUAUCUAAGGCAUAUGGAUUCUCCUUCGCUACCCGAAAAUGCGAACCUCUAUAAGGUGCUGAUUACAAGCUAUCUCGAGAGAGGUGACAGAGGAAAGUGUCUUCAGAUCUAUAAUGAGAUGGAAUCGAAAGGUUUGAAGCUGUCUCUUUCAGGCAUCAGCAAUGAACUCGCUCAAUUUCUCCCAGGGCCGAAGGAAUCUGUUAACAUUGAUAUCUGUUGACAAAAGGAAUCGUUU